AUGGGGAAUUGCUGUUCCGACGUGGCCGGCAGCCAGUCAGCCGUCGGAGGCACCGCGUCAUAUCACACCAGCUCAGCAGUCAACGCUCCGAACGAGGCCGUGGAGGCCUUCCUAAAUUCUCGUGGUUAUCAGGGCCUCUACUCUCAGAUCGAGCUGUCUCUAUCUGCUUCAAAUUUGCUUGACCGGGAUGUGCUCUCAAAGAGUGAUCCUAUGGCAGUUCUCUAUAUUAAAGGAAGUGAUGGUUCACUUCAAGAGCUUGGUCGCACUGAAGUAGUUUUAAAUUCAUUGAAUCCUAAGUGGAUCAGAAAAUAUACUCUUACUUAUCAAUUUGAGACGGUGCAGUAUUUGUUGUUUCGUCUCUAUGAUGUAGACACACAGUUUCACAAUGCUGAUGUCAAGGUGCUUAAGCUGGAGGAGCAGCAGUUUCUUGGCGAGGCUACUUGUGCAUUGUCACAGAUUGUCACAAAAUCAAAUAGGUCUUUGACCUUGGAUCUUGGACUUGGAGAAGCAUUUUCCGCUCCAGCCCAUACACAAAAGUUUGGCCAACUCACUGUUUAUGCUGAAGAAAGUGUAGCAUCAAAGACUACAGCAGAGUUGAUAUUAAGAUGUUCAGACUUAGAAUCGAAGGAUUUGUUCUCAAAAAGUGACCCCUUUCUGGUGAUAUCGAAGCUCACGGAGACUGGUAUUGCUGUUCCAAUCUGCAAAACUGAAGUCUUGAAAAAUGAUCACAGUCCUAGAUGGAAACCAAUUUUCUUAAAUAUCCAACAAGUUGGAAGCAAGGACAGCCCAAUAAUCAUUGAGUGUUUUGAUUUCAAUAGCAACGGAAAACAUGAUUUAAUUGGAAAAGUUCAGAAAUCACUGGCUGACUUAGAAAAGCUACAUUCUGUUGGCAUGGGAGAGAAUUUGUUCAUCCCAGUGUCUGUUGGGCAGAAUCAUCAAAGCAAGGUCUUAAAGAGUCAGUUGAUUGUGGAUACAUAUUCAGAGAAGAUCCAGUAUACUUUCCUUGAUUACUUGGCUGGAGGUUUUGAGCUUAACUUCAUGGUGGCUAUUGAUUUUACUGCUUCAAAUGGUAAUCCUCGCUUGCCUGAUUCGUUGCACUAUAUUGAUCCUUCAGGACGGCCAAAUGCAUAUCAGAGAGCAAUUUUAGAGGUUGGAGGAGUAUUGCAGUUUUAUGAUUCGGAUAAAAAAUUUCCUGCUUGGGGUUUUGGAGCACGGCCAAUUGAUGGACCAGUAUCACAUUGUUUUAACUUAAAUGGAAGCAGUAAUUACUGUGAGGUUGAUGGAAUCCAGGGAAUUAUGACGGCAUACACAAGUGCCCUUUUAAAUGUUUCGCUUGCAGGACCAACAUUAUUUGGACCAGUGGUUACCAAUGCUGCAUUUAUUGCCAGUCAAUCUGUAGCCAACAAUGAAUGGAAGUACUUUAUUUUGUUGAUAAUUACGGAUGGAGUGAUAACAGAUCUCCAGGAAACAAAGGAUGCCCUUGUUAGUGCAUCUGAUCUGCCUCUGUCUAUACUUAUUAUUGGGGUUGGAGGAGCUGACUUCAAAGAAAUGGAGAUUUUAGAUGCAGAUAAGGGAGAGCGACUUGAAAGUUCCGCCGGACGUGUUGCAACGCGUGACAUAGUUCAGUUUGUCCCAUUGCGAGACAUACACAGUGGAGAUAUCUCUGUCGUUCAAUCACUUUUAGCAGAACUGCCUUCCCAGUUUUUAGCAUACAUGAGAGCCAGAGGGCAAACAGUGGAUCGAAGGCAUGGGAAAAGGCCCCUUCCAUUCGAUGAAUCGGAGGAGAAGGAGGAAGUAGGUCUGUACCCUUUCUACUCUGCUAGAUCACAACGUGAAACGUCGGCUAUGGUUUAUGCCCUAUCUCAAGUAAUUGGUAACUCAGACAAUAAUCCUGCAGUUCCUCCAGUAGAUGAAAAUCUUCCAUUACCACUGCCUGAAUCAAGUGGACAAGAGCAAAACCAAUCCCCGCUACCAGCAGUUCAACAAGAAGGGAGAACAAACCUACAGAGAAGAAGACAGUAUAGAGGAGUCCGGCAGCGGCCUUGGGGUAAGUGGGCAGCGGAGAUCAGAGAUCCAAAGAAAGCAGCAAGAGUCUGGCUUGGAACAUUUGACACUGCUGAGGGUGCAGCUCAUGCUUAUGAUGAAGCAGCGCUAAGAUUUAAAGGUAGAAAAGCUAAGCUUAAUUUUCCCGAGAGAGUGCAAGGAAAAACUGAGUCUGGUUACUUAACAACGCGUCAAGAUUUACGAAUUGUUUCCGAGUCAACUACUCCAAUCCCUCGGUCAGUAUCUCAAGAAAGUGGUAUCGAUGUCCAGAACUAUGCAGAAUUUCUCCAUAGAGGAGUUAAUAAUAGUUAUUUGAACUAUGGUGCCUCGGAGUUUUAUGGAACAUUUGUUUCACAAUCUUCAUCAAAUACAACAAUGAUAUCUCCAGUAUUGCCAACUCAACAACAAAACCAGCAACAAGAGCAAGAGUUUCUGAGAUUUCAAUCACAAUUUGGAACUUCCAGCACUGGUUCUACGGAAAAUUGGGACGAGGAGUUUACCAAGUAUUACAAUGAGAAGUCUAAAGAUCAGAAACUGGAAACAAAACGAUAA